AUGCGCCGUAUCGCAUCUCAAGUCCCUCAAACAGUCUCACGUCUACUCCAAUCCAACCUCUUACAAUCACCUCCGACAUGGUACAUCCCAGUUCUUUCCAAUCCUCCUCCCGUCCAUCCCUCUAGACGUUCCCCACCUAGACCCACUCCCUCGUCUCAUGGGUUCGCCGACUUGCCAGCUUCUGAGAUUCUACCAAGGAAAGGAAGAAGUAAAAAAUCUAGUGUAUCACAUCCUCGACCGAAGGAGAUAGUGUAUCCUGAGGAUCAGGUUAGAUUGAGGUUUUUCCAAGAUUUUCCAUUUGAGGCUUUGAGACCGACGAGCUUGGUAGAGGGUUUUAAUGUGGAAGAAGAGCAUCCUGUGAGAGGUGAGCUAUGGGAAAGGUUGGAACAAAGAGGAGAGUAUCCUACUGUUGAAGAUUGCAUAUCAUUCACCAUGACACUUCAUGAACGCGGCAUUCCCUUGGCUAGAGCGUAUUGGAGAGCGACGGACGAGUUUGUCGAGUUACGUGCAAGACAUGAGCAAGCUACUCUUGCCGCUGAACUUGAAGCGAGACAUCAUGGUGCUAUCUUCAAAUUGGAUGCUUUUCAACGUGCCCAUCAACAAGAAACUCGUUCUCUCGAAACUCUCAUCCCACGUAAAAUAACCGCAUCACAAUCUACAUCAAAUAAACACCGUCCAAUCUCUAAAUCACAAUGGACCAUAUCCCUCUCUCCUUCCGCAACUCCCGAUCCGAUAUUCACCGCUGGAAAAGCAUAUAUGGAGAGAUGGACUUUACCUGAACCUGCGCCGAUAUUAUCUGAGAUCUCCCCGGAACCUCUACUGGUGAAAGACAACGAGACGGAGAAAGAGAUGGAUGAUAUCGAUCUUGUGAAGAGCCUAUUUGGGGAUGAUGAUGAUUUGGGGGAUGCCAAGGUUGGAGGUGGGGGUGUGAGUCUGGAGGGUCAGAUGGAUGGGGUGAAGAGUACGGAAGUGGUGGGGGGAUCGGAGACCGGAGAUAUGUUUGGAUUGGGUAUCUGGUGGGAGAGGGUAUGGAUGAGGUCGGAGAUAUGGGGAAUAAGGAGAUGGAUCAUCUGGGAGAUGAAGAGUUAA